AUGUCGCAGGGCGGCACAGCAGCCGCCGUCGCGGCCAAGAAGAAGCAGGACGAGGCUAAUUCCAAGAUAAUCAGACAACUCGCAUCGCUUCCGGAAAAUCGCUGCUGCUUCGAAUGCGGCCAGCGCGGGCCCACGUAUGUUAACAUCACCGAGGGAUCGUUUUGCUGCAGCACGUGCUCUGGCGUUUUACGCGGCCUACAUCCUCCCCAUCGAGUCAAGUCGAUUUCGAUGGCCACCUUCUCGACCGAGGAGCUCGAAAAGAUCCAAUCGCUGGGAAACGAGGAGAAUCGCAAAACCUGGCUCGGUCUCUACGACGGACCUCCGCCCCAAUUGUCCACCUGCGAUAAUUUGCAGCAAUUUUUGGCAAAGAAAUACGAGCGCAAGACCUGGUACGUCUCCAAAGAGUCUCGCGGGCAGCAGGAAAAGCUUUUCUCGGCUGCAAAACCGGCGAACGUGCAGCCGAAAACGCCGUUGAACGUGGGCGCUCUUUGGCUCGAUGAGUCGUUCACCGAUCCGUUCUCCCCGAGUCCGGCGAAGCCUCAGAUUUCUGAGCCAAUCUCCAUGUCACCGCCAAACUUUUACGCGCCGCCUCCGCCAAUUCCAAAUGGCGCUUCCGCUCCGAUGCCCAGGCCACCACCAACAGCGAACGGCUACAACUUCCCCAAGAUGCCCGCCAAUCAGCAGCAAGCCCCGUUCUCGUCGUUGAUGUUUUCGCCACAGCAGCAACAGCCCCAGCAGCAGCCAAAGGCCGCAAAGGCCGACCCGUUCGGCGACUUUGAUAGCCUUUUCGGUGGGUUGACCGUGCAGCCGACGCCGUCGCAGCCGAUUCAGCCAAUGCCCCGAUCGCAAACCAUCGCCGUCCCGCCGCGCCCGUCACCAGCAGCCCUCAAUUCGAGCACGCCCGCGAUUCCGGCCACCCGGCCGGCCACCAACCAAUCCCGCUACUCGACGCUGCUGGAUUUCAGUGCGCCCAUCCAACCCCAGCCCUCAACCGCCCCGGUGUUGAACGGCUUCAGCAGCGCCCCGUUCGGUCAGGCGACCCCCGUUGUGGCCCCAAUCCAGCAGCAAGCGCCCGCGCAAGCCUGGCCCAACAACCCGUUCGACUCGCUGGACCCGUUUUCCGGGGCGGCCAACCCGUUCGCCGCCGGCGGCAUCCAGAAGAGCUCCACGAUCGCCGGUUUCCCCGGCUCCGCGCCCAAGUGCCCGCCGCGGGCGUUCGAUUCGGAUUUCGGGAUGCCGAUUAUUGAUAAUAAUCCAUUCUCGCCUACAUCGGCUUGCGCUCCAUCUAAUGGCUUUACGGCUUUCGAAGGAGUGCCCGUCUCGCGGCCUGCCCCUCCGGACAACAGCUGGAAUCCGUUCUUG